UAAUUGCCCACACAAUUGACAAACAAAGGGGGCAGAUAGCAUAAUUGUUAAUUAUAUUUAAAAGAUUUAUAAUUUUGUGAUGUGAUUUUGUAAUGUAAUUCAAUAUAUUUUUAAUUGUUUGACGGUCUUAAUAUACAUUAUAUUAUAUAGUAUGUAAUAUGUAAAAUAAUUUUAAUGAUCAGUAUGUUUUUUACUUUAUUUUAAACCUACUCAAUGUGUAAAGACUUUCAUAAUAUUUCUUUUAUUUUCCUACCUAUGCCUUAAGGUCAACGGUAGAUUUUUGAUUGUUCAAGAUGGAUAAUCCAGAAUCUAGCUCUUCGACGCGACUGAACCAGGAUCCACCUACAUCUUGGUGUCACCCUGCUCAUAGGGUUCACAGAUUUUUAGCUCUUAUUCUUAUGUGUUUCCUUUGUUUUGGUUCAUAUUUCUGUUAUGAUACACCGGGUGCUCUGGCCGACAACUUCAAGGGUGACUCACAUCUAAACACAUCUCAGUUUGCGCUGCUCUACUCUAUAUACUCAUGGCCUAAUGUAAUAUUAUGCUUUAUUGGCGGUUAUCUCAUUGAUAGAUAUUUCGGUGUGAGAUUGGGUACAAUAAUUUAUAUGACCAUAGUGUUCAUUGGAGCAGUUGUAUUCGCUUUUGGUGUUUACAUUAAUCAAUUUUGGCUUAUGAUACUUGGAAGAUUUAUAUUUGGUAUUGGAGGAGAGUCUUUGCAAGUAGCGGUUAACAACUAUGUAGUUCUUUGGUUCAAUGGAAAGGAACUUAAUAUGGUGUUUGGACUCCAAUUGUCGUUCUCAAGAUUUGGAAGCACUGUGAAUUUUUGGGUCAUGGAACCUAUUUACAAAUGGGUGGCCACCUAUUAUGCCGGCUAUGAGAAACUUGGUGUAACUUUGUUUAUAGCAUCAUUAACCUGUCUCGGUUCUCUCAUUUGUGGUCUGAUUCUGGGUUGGAUGGACCAUAGAGCUGAGAAAAUGUUAAAUAGACAGGAAGCUCAAGCUAAGGAUGAACCAUUCAGACUCAUUGACAUAUUUAACUUCAAGCCAGUAUACUGGCUUGUGUGUGUUAUAUGUGUGGCUUAUUAUUUGGCUAUAUUCCCAUUUAUUGCAUUGGGAAAGAUGUUUUUUGAAAGGAAAUUUGACUUUAUGCCUCAAGAUGCUAACACUGUCAAUUCCAUGGUAUACCUACUGUCUGCGGCGCUCAGUCCAUUUUUUGGUAUCCUCAUAGAUAAGACCGGUAGGAAUGUGACUUGGGUCAUACUCAGUAUAGUAACAACUAUUGGAUCACAUUUUCUUUUGGCAUUCACAUUUAUCAAUCCGUAUGUUGGAGUGAUGUCCUUAGGAAUUUCCUAUUCGCUGCUAGCCAGUGGUCUGUGGCCGCUCAUUGCCAUGAUUGUACCUGAGAACCAAUUGGGAACAGCAUAUGGGAUAUCUCAAGCCGUCCAAAACAUGGGUUUGGCCACAGUUCUCAUUUUAGCUGGAAUCAUUGUUGAUAAAUAUGGCUAUUUGAUGUUAGAAAUGUUUUUCCUGGGAUGUCUUUUUAUCUCUUUGAUAGCUGGUGUUGUUAUAUAUAUAGUGGAUUCAGCGAACAAUGGUAUCCUCAAUCUCUCUCCGAGUGUCAGGGAAGCUUAUUUAAAUAAAUCAGCGAACCGUGCUGAAGAGACAGCCAAUCUCCUGGAUCACGUGGACAGCUCGGAUCAAGAGGAAGUUGACUCGCGAUUGACCAAUCAACACAGUUCCCAAUUGACCAAUCAGAACGCUGGAAUCGAAUCGUCCGGGGAUUUUCCGCGGGACCCUGCGCAGGCGCAUUCCGACAGAAUACGAUCUAGAUACAUAUCGCAACUACUGCCCUCAACCAUUCCAGACAGAUCCUAAUCAUAGAUAUUUUGUAAAUAACUUAAAUAAGUAUAAUGUAGUUUGUAUUAACUUUUUAUAAUUAUUACUAUUAUGACGAUAUAAAUUAUUGAUUAUAUGCAAUAAACGAUUUGACGUUCA